AUGUCACUUUCAUCUGUUCCUACAUUUAGAGGUUUUCAACGUGAAAAAUUACCCGGAUUUUUCGAAAGACUAGAAAAGUCAUUUAUUGCAGAUGAAAAAUUAAAGAUUCUUGAAAAUCAAAUUGCGUCCGAAGCUAAGCGCUGGUAUACAAAAAUCAAUUGGAAUCAGUGGCAUAAUGGACGUCCAUUAAGUAACUCUAAUGAUACUACAUGUAAUAAUAAUACAAUUGCCACGUACGAAGAUCGUAAAAAAUGGAUGUUGAAAAAUUUUCCUUUUCAUUCAAUCAAAGAUCAAUGCGAAUAUAAAAAAUUCAUAAAACAAGGUCCAUUGGAAUCACCAAAAAAUUUCUUUUCUCGAAUCGAAAAAUUUAUAAUAGUCGAGCAAGAAGCGAACUACAAGGGCAUCGAUACCGAAGACUCGAUAAUAGAAGAAAAAAUUGAAGAAAUAUUUAUUGAUGGUCUUUUGCCACCACUUCAAAUCUAUGUUUCACAAUUAACUACUGCUGCUUUAACGUUCGGAGAACACGUGAAUCGAGUUUUUCAUCGAUUUGCAAAAGGAUUCGAGCCAAGAACUAAUCGUCGUCGAAUAAUAAAUUGGAAAGGGAUUGAAGUAUCUCAACAUGGAGAUAACGAGAAUGACAAAGGUGAAAGAUUCUCAAAAUUUCCUGCUUUAGGUGCGGUUCUCUGCAUUAAACAGGGAGCCGAUGAAAGUCCUUGGGAUUAUUAUAUUCGUCUAGGCGAUGCUUGUGAACAUGACGGCUUGGACGUGGAUAAAUAUCGAGUUCUUUUGUAUUUUCGUGGGCUACAGCAAGAGAUUCAGGAUCAUCCAAAAGUUUGGAAUGCAAAAAAUAUCGAAGAACAAAUCCACGCGGCACAAAUAUAUUGGACGAGUGAGUAUUGGGGUAACCGACAUUACGAUGCACAUUUGAAAUUUGCAGAAAAGGGAAACGAAUACCGACAAGUAGACGACAAUCAAUAUGAUUUUUCGAAAGAGCGAAUUAGUAUCUUGCCUGUGAGUUUCGGUGAGGUUGAUCCAUUCUAUUUCGACUUUAUGCAACCUAAUGUUGAUGUUGAUGCUCCUAUGUUUGUGUUUCGUGGAGAUUCAAGCAGGCUUUUCUAG